UCCCCUCGCCCCCCCGGUGACAACCAAACCCUGCAGCUUGGGCCACGAUCUCUCCCCUUGUGUGGCAGCCCCGUCCCCUGCCCGCCUGCUGCCCCCGGCCGCGCUCUGCAGGAGGGCGCGUCUCUCCCCGGUGUAGUGUAAUGAGCAGACCCAAAUCUACAAACUGGCUGGCUACCAGAAGGACUGAUUUCUGAACUUUUUCUAAGUAUGGCUUGCAGAAGAAUAGGAGGCCAUGGACACACUCUUUCUCCAGCUUCCUCCAUUAACUGUGUAAAAGCCCUAGCAACUGGAAUUCAAACACAUAGUAUAUGCAUGGUAUCUGAUUUUUUUUAUCCAAAUAUGGGAGGAGUGGAAAGUCACAUCUACCAGCUGUCACAGUGCCUGAUUGAAAGAGGGCACAAAGUUAUAAUUGUCACCCAUGCUUAUGGAAACCGAAAAGGCAUUCGUUACCUCACCAAUGGUUUGAAAGUUUAUUAUUUACCUUUGAAGGUCAUGUACAAUCAGUCUACAGCAACAACACUCUUCCACAGUCUGCCUCUGCUCAGGUACAUAUUUGUGCGGGAGAGAGUCACCAUAGUCCAUUCCCAUAGUUCCUUUUCUUCCAUGGCUCAUGAUGCACUCUUCCAUGCCAAGACCAUGGGACUACAGACAGUUUUUACAGACCAUUCUCUCUUUGGAUUUGCUGAUGUCAGUUCAGUGCUUACAAACAAACUUCUUACUGUGUCACUGUGUGACACAAACCACAUCAUUUGUGUCUCUUACACUAGCAAGGAAAACACUGUACUAAGAGCAGCACUGAAUCCUGAGAUCGUAUCUGUCAUCCCUAAUGCUGUUGAUCCCACCGACUUCACUCCAGACUCAAGUAGAAGGGAUGAGAGUACAAUAACAGUUGUUGUUGUCAGCAGGCUUGUUUACAGAAAAGGUAUAGAUUUGCUUAGUGGUAUAAUUCCUGAACUUUGUCAGAAAUAUCCAGAUUUACAUUUCUUAGUUGGAGGAGAAGGACCAAAGCGAAUAGUUUUGGAAGAGGUACGGGAAAGAUACCAACUACAUGACAGAGUGCGUCUUUUAGGGGCUUUGGAACACCAGGAUGUUAGAAACGUCUUGGUCCAGGGACACAUUUUUCUCAAUACUUCUCUCACUGAAGCCUUCUGUAUGGCAAUUGUGGAAGCAGCCAGUUGUGGUUUACAGGUUGUGAGUACAAGAGUUGGUGGAAUCCCUGAGGUGCUACCAGAAAAUCUUAUCAUCUUAUGUGAGCCCUCAGUGAAAUCUUUGUGUGAUGGUCUGGAAAAAGCUGUUGCCCAGAUCAGGUCAGGAACACUACCAACCCCAGAAGCUAUCCAUAACAAAGUAAAGACAUUCUAUACAUGGAGGAACGUCGCAGAGAGAACUGAAAAAGUGUAUGACAGAGUUGCAGAUGAAGUGGUAUUAUCAAUGGACAAGCGGCUUGACAGACUAAUAUCUCACUGUGGCUCAGUGACUGGGUGUAUUUUUGCUCUUUUUGCUGUAUUAAGCUUCCUUUUCCUGGUAUUUCUGAGAUGGAUGACUCCAGAUUCCAUUAUUGAUGUUGCAGUAGAUGCCACGGGUCCUAGUGGAGCAUGGACUCAACAGUAUUUUCCUAGUAAAAAAGGAAGUGAGAAAGAAGAGAUUUUAAACUGUUAAAAAUGUUUUAAGUGGGAGACCUUUGCUGUCUAAAAGGUUUUAGUAUUUGCUGAUAGAAUUAAUUCCACAAAGAGACAUUGUAUUUAAACUCUUAAAAGCUUUCCUAAAUUGUUGGAAAGAAACUUGGUAAAAUGUGCUACCUCAAGUUAGGAUUGUGCCAAUUAGUUUUGGGGAAAGACUUAAACAUAUGCAGUUUAUGGGCACAAUUCUUUUGCACUUAUGCUUAAAGUAGCGAGGAAAAUGGUAAUAUGCACAGCUCAGGUGUAAAACUACCUUCAGAGAGACAAGAAUACCAGAUUUCAUCUGCUACUAGUGUAUUAUACAGAGAAUAAGCAUGGAUUUUUCAUAGCACCUAGGGUGCCAAAACAUAAAAUUAACUAGCUUUAGAUGGUUUUUGCCAACUCCUAAUAUUUGUAUUGAUGUACUGGAGACCUUUUGGCAAAAUAAAAAUACCUACCCAAAUCAAUCAAAAAAUAUGUGAAAUCACUUCUAUAAAAACAAGCACAUUACCAUAUAGACUUUCAGCACCUGAUGUACUGCUAGCCAGCUCUUGUCCUACCCAACUGUGUCCCCUAGACAGACACUUCUGGCUGCACAAAACUAGUUUUGAAAGGGUUCUUCAAUGUUCUGCCUAAAUGUGAUCAGUAUCUCUCUGAUCUAUCAAAACUCCAUUAUAGAAUUUUUUUUGAUAUCUUAGAAAAUGCUAAAUACUGCCUAUUUCACUCUUACAUGGAAAAAGAACAGGCACCUUAGAGACAAGUACUCCUGUUCUUUUUGCAGAUACAGAGUAACACGGCUGCUACUCUGAAACCUUACAUGGAAAAGUAACAUUUUAUUGUGUUUGUUUUAAAGUACUCAUGAAAGUAAGGGAAUUAUAUUAUUUUUAGAAACCAGCAUAAUGCAAAGGCACAAGCUUCCAAGAAUAGCUCAGGCCUGCCAACAUGGUAACUUCUGUUUGUGUGAGAGAUGUAGAUAAACAUCCACUAAGGGCUAGACAAAAACUACUAAUUUUUGUUCAUUUAUAAGAUCAGUUGCAUUUGAAUUCAUCUUCAGAAGAGGAAAAUGUUAAAUGUCAUGACACCUAGACUGCACCAAAGAUGUUCUUAAAUGAAUCCAGUAAGUUAAAUCUCUUUCUGGAAAAAGUUAGCGGACCUGGCCAAUAGAUUUGCAUACUCCCUGUGAGGUGAGAAAUGUGGUCCCUUGCAGUCAUUGGUUCUCUAGCCCUAAUCAAGUCUACACCUAUAUCAAUCAGAAAACAACUUUGAACACAUAAGUAGUAAGAGAAGAGAUGAUAUUUCACAUUCCUGUAAAGCAACUUUCUCAGGAUGUUAUCUGUUGUAUGCACUGGAUUAAUUUCUUACUAUAGCAUUGUUUUAAACUUAAAGGG